CUGUGGGCUUUAGUUCCUGGGAUAUAAGCCCAGGGUUUUAUGUCAAGGAAGGGUGGGGAGAAGGGGGGGGGAAUUAGAAGGCGGAGUCGGCCAGCCGGAGUAAGUAACGCAGGCCACCCGGCUGGGUUGCCCCGCGCCGGCCACGGCACCGCCCCCUCGGCGCGCCCGUCUGCCCGCCUUCGCUUGCUCGGGCUGUCGGUCUCCAGUCCGCGGCCAAGGAUGCCGCUUGUCCCUGGCUGCGAACGGGGCACCGCGGUGGCUCUUGGCAGGCCGGGCGGGAGGCGUCCGGGGGUGGGCAGAAGGCGCCAGGCUGGCCUGUGACAGGUGCCGGCAGGUGCCUGACCGACGUGGAGGGGGCACUGCCUGCGCCCACUAGGAGCGGCCAGAAUCUCAGAUGUGGUCCAGUGGGCGAGGUUGCGUGAGUAGAGGAGGGCAGGCCCAUGUCCUCGUGGUGGGUGGGGGUGUAGAGGGCUCUUUUCAAAACCACCAGUGGGCAUCUGCACGAGCCAGCUUUGCCCUGAGGAUGCCUACCACAGCGGACAGUCCCAGCAGUACAGCUGAGGACGACUAGCAGAAAAUUGCCCCCUUAGGCAAGCUGGCCACUGGGCAGCCCUUGCUCCCUGGUGGAGAUGGCCUGGCGCAGGCAUGCCUUGCUCUGCCCGCUUGGACUGUGCCUGGUGAUUUGGCCCCUGCUGCUUCCUGCAGGGGGCUGCGGCCCAGGGAGGGGCCCGGUGGGGCGGAAGCCUUAUGCCCGCAAGAACCUGACUCCCCUGCAGUAUAAACAAUUUGUGCCCAAUGUUGCGGAGCAGACCUUGGGGGCCAGCGGGAAGGCAGAGGGCAAAAUAACUCGCCGCUCGGACCGCUUCAAGGACUUGGUGCCCAAUUACAACCCUGACAUCAUCUUUAAGGAUGAAGAGAACACAGGGGCGGACCGGCUGAUGACUGAGCGUUGCAAGGACAGAGUGAAUGCUUUGGCGAUUGCGGUGAUGAACAUGUGGCCAGGCAUCAGGCUGCGAGUGACGGAGGGCUGGGAUGAAGACGGGCACCACUUGCCCAACUCCCUGCAUUACGAGGGCCGGGCUCUGGACAUCACCACUUCCGAUCGGGACAGAGAGAAAUACGGCAUGCUGGCCCGCUUGGCAGUAGAGGCUGGCUUCGACUGGGUUUACUAUGAAUCCAAGGCCCAUAUUCACGUCUCGGUGAAAGCAGAUAACUCCAUGGCUAUUCGGGCUGGUGGCUGUUUUCCUGGGGAUGCAAAGGUGACUUUGCAGAGUGGUGAAACGAAAGACCUCUCAGAGCUUCGCCGCGGCGACUAUGUGCUGAGUGUGGACCACCAGAGCGGGCAGGUGAUGCCUAGUGAGGUUCUGCUGUUCCUCGAUCGAGACCAGGACCGGCAGGCCACCUUUGUGGCCAUUGAGACAGACACCCCCUGGUCUCAGCUGCUCCUCACGCCCUCGCACCUCAUCUUUGCCGCGCAGGACCCGGCCAACAGCACAGCAGACUUCUCCCCGGUCUUUGCCAGCCGGGUCCAUGUGGGGGACUCAGUGCUGGCAUACCAGGCGGGCAGCCCCCGGUUGCAUCCUGCCCGGGUGGUCCGGGUUUGGUGGCAGCAGGGCAUUGGGGUGUAUGCCCCCUUGACUUCGCACGGCACCAUUCUGGUCAAUGGGGUGCUGGCAUCUUGCUACGCGGUCCUUGAGAGCCACCUCUGGGCCCAUCGUGCCUUCAGUCCACUCCGCCUGGCCCAUGGCCUCUUUGCACUGAAGGACGAGGCCAGGAACUGCAGCAUCCAGGAGACUGGCGUGCACUGGUAUUCUUGGCUUCUGUACCAGCUAGCAUGGGGUGUUCUGGGCCAGGAGACCCUUCACCCCUAGAGACUUGUCUGACAGUGUGGUGGCCCGAGAGAUCUCAGCACCUCAAGCCAGAAGAUAAGGACAAGGACAGGGCGCCUGAUAGCAGCCGAGUCUCAGCACUUGGUUGGCCUUGGCUUGGCUGUGAUCCUGGAAUUGAUGCCUCUUUACAACAUGGAUAUUUGCCGCUGGAAAGAGAGCAUAGACGGAGGGAGGGGACCCUGUGGCAGCAGCGAGACGGGCCUGUGUAUAUGGAGGGACUGGAUUGGUCAAGUCAACUGAUAUGAAGGCUCCUUCUGUGGCGCUGCGUCUAGAAGAGAUGAGACUGUCCGCAGACGUGUUUACAGAGCUUGAAGACAUCCAAAGCACUCUGUGUUCCUCCACCAAAUGUAUCAGAUAGGGCAGCAAACCCACUGUCUUGAAUACUGGAUGGCAGGAUGGAUUUCCUCCUCCUCUCCCCACGGUUGUCCUGAACUCUGCUUGACAUUGCUACAAAGGAAGAUACAAGGGCUUCUCCUCCACCCUCCGCUUUGUUUGGGAGAGGAGCACGGCAUGGCUGAGGCUGAAGCAAAGACUCGACAGGCUAAAGCAGCCGUCGCCUUUGGGAGAGCAAAAUAUCUGUUCCUCCCCAGGGCUGCACUGGCACUUCUGAAGUGAACAAUAACUGAGGAUUUAAGUGGAGGUGGCACCAGAAAAAGGGUCCAUGGAAAGGGUGAGGUUUGUCUCGCAAAGGGCCGGGCUAUGACCGUGAGAACCCUAUCCAAAAACAAGGGUGCUAUGAAACGCAGUGUGCACAGGGUCACUUUAACUUGGAAUUCUUUACUUUCCUGAGUUGUUAUCACUGGAUUUAGGAGGAAGAGGAGUAGGGGCACAAGCAGGGGUGCUCCUGUCUUUUUUUUUUUUCAAGGGACAGCUCCUUUCAUAUAGAUUGGAAAUGUUGAAUAUUCUCAAGAGCUUG